GAGAGAGAGAGCAUAUUAAAAGGAACGAGGAGGACCAUCAAGUAUCGCAUUCCUCUUUCUCUUGCUGUAUAGAAGGGAAAGCUCUCUUUACUCUCCAGCUACAUUCAUUUUAGAAUCUUCUUCUUCUUCUAUAAGCUCAGCCCAAACAAAAGCGCUUUCGUUGAGAGAGUCAUGGCUACCGGAGAUGAGAAGCCGGUGAUGGUCGUCGGUGUGGAUGAAAGCGAGCAGAGCAUCUACGCUUUGGAGUGGACGCUGGAUCGGUUCUUCGCUCCCUACGCUCCAAAUUUUCCGUUCAAGCUCUUGAUCAUCCACGCCAAACCUAACGCCGUCUCUGCCCUUGGUUUCGCUGGUCCCGGAAUUGUGGAGGUUGUGCCUCAUGUUGAUGCAGAUCUGAAACAUACCGCUGCUAAGGUUGUCGACAAGGCCAAAGGAAUCUGUGAGAGCAAAUCGGUUCAUGGCGCCAUGAUGGAAGUAUUUGAAGGCGAUGCAAGGAAUAUCCUGUGCGAGGUUGUGGAUAAACACCAUGCUUCUCUUCUUGUUGUGGGAAGCCAUGGUCAUGGAGCUAUCAAGAGGGCUGUUAUCGGGAGCGUGAGCGACUACUGUGCACAUCAUGCGCAUUGCUCGGUGAUUAUCGUGAAGAAGCCUAAGAUCAAGCUCUGAUCACCUAACCCGUCUCUCCAUGGUUAAAUUCGGCAAAAGAGUGAAAUAAUGUCAGUUUGAUGUGAAACUAUUCGAGACAAUCUAUUAUCAAUAUCUUCUGCAAUGGGCAUUGAUAUGCGUGACAUCAAAAAUUUGUGUGUGAUUGUUUAUUACAUGUACUCCUAUCUGGUUGGAUGAAACUAAACUGAAUAAAAAUCAUAGUUUAGGUGAAAAGUGUAAACAUAGGUCUCAAUGUAUGUUGCAACUCAAAGAAGUUGAAAAAAAGAAAGCAGAACAUCAUUGCAAAGCGAAAAACGAUCUAAAUUUUUGUAUGAAUGUUCAUAAAGAAACCAC